GCAGACCUCCACCUGCUCUCUGCAGUGAUGCUGGCAGCAGUUCAGCUGUUGCCAGCAUCCGGAGCUCCGUUUGAGGAUGCAUCCACUAACAGUACGGUAGAUGAGUCCUCGGGUGAGGAGGGGGAAAGGGUUGAGACCUCUCCCUUACCGAAAACUUCCAAUAUUUUCAGUAUGUGGGAAACAAUUAUUGAACCAAUGAAGGGGCAUCAGAAGGAGUUUGAGGAGGAAUUCCAGGGUAAUGUGGAUUAUCUCUUUCUGAACAACUACAAACGCCCCUCGUUCCCAGUUAAAUGCCCAGAGUCCAACUUCACCAGGGAGGCCUGCCUGCUGAGACUGGUCCAGGGUCUACAGGCCUACACAGUUCUCCUGAAGCUUGUGAAGAAGGAGUACCCUAACAGUCUGACCCUGCCUGAGGUUUCAAGACUUCAGCAGCUGAUGACACUGAUUAAAGAAAGGAUGAAAAACAGUAAAAGGGUCACGGUGCUGACCAGCAGCCAGGAGGAGCAGCUCCUCAAGGAGCUUGACAACAUGGAUGAUUUCCGUCGAAAGAUGACAGCCCACAGCAUCCUGCACUACCUCCGCAUCUUCCUCAUUGAUGGCAAAAGGUCACUUUGUAAGUGGGAGAUGCAAAGAAGACGCAAGACUGGCACAAAUGGGGCAUAUUUUGGCUGCCAAAGUUUAUAA